GUACGGCGGGGAAGCCUGGAAGCACGGGAUCGCUCUCGGCGGCUGGAACCGGACCCGGGGCGGGGAGCGCGCGGCUGCGGGGACCCUCGACGGCCGCAAGGGCGCAGGCACCGGACGCGCGGGGUCCCCGGAGAGCGGGUGGACUCAGUGUCCGGCUCCGCGGGGUUCCAGAACUGACCUUGCUAGAUACUCUGCCCGCAGCAGCGAUGACCAGCCUACCGGCUACACCUUCUCCUGGAGAACUGAUGGCCACGCCAGUUCUUCAGGCCCAUGAGACCCUGUCCCCACAAGCCGAAGAGGCCAGCACAGCGCUCAUUGCAGUCGUGAUCACUGUGGUGUUCCUUACCCUGCUCUCGGUGGUGACUUUGAUCUUCUUUUACCUGUACAAGAACAAAGGCAGCUACGUCACCUAUGAGCCCGCAGAAGGCGAGCCCAGCACCAUCCUCCAGAUGGAGAGUGACUCAGCCAAGGACAGAGAGAAGGAAGAGUACUUCAUCUAAUGAUCCCCAGACUGGAGGGGCCGAGUCUUGGCUCCAGUGCUAACACACUGACUCUAUAAUUAGGGAAUGUUUGCUCUGAAGGCAGUGAGUGGCACUGAGUGGGAUGGCGAAUCCACUCACCUCCCAGGACACAGUCUCCAAUAACAUCCUCACUGACUCCAUCGUCCAGGGACACGAAGAAAGCUGCUUAUGACAACUAUAUAGCCAGGCCUUGGAAAGGAUAGUGCUCACAACUGGCCAACAAUAUGGGGCCAUGCCUGAGUUGGAAGUGGGAGAUGUGGAAGGUGGCCACGGGCUGGUCCACUUUGUCCCCUCCCUACUUGCCUAGCCCCAGUGUAGCUUCUUGGAGGCUAGAUACCACAAGACGGAUCAGGCCAGGAGGGACAGGCCUCUGAGUGUUACUUCCUUUAAUCUGAACCUUACCAUUUCCCCCAAUAGCCUCAAAUUUACACUGUUUUUAUCCAGAUUAAAUUUAUUAUAAAAAUCAGAUUUUCAUUUAUAAAAACUAAAUUUUGACUUUUUCCUUAAACUUUUUAUAGCGUUUUCUCUGCUUCUUUAACUCUUCUGCGUGUGCUAUCUCUCUUUAAGAACUCUUAGGGAUGUUCUGAAGUUCCUAGAACUAUCUCAAGAGUGUUCCAGAGAAGCAGCAACUGUCCCAUCAGAAACACAUGAGAACUAAGUGGGUUUGACCUUUAUCCUGGCAAAGGCCACAAUUUCCCAGAUCCCUAUUUAUAUACAGAAGGAGUCAGAAAAAACCUGGCCACCUAGAUUUCCUACCAGUAAAGCUCUUUUCUUUCUUUCUCAAGACAGGGUUUCUCUGUGUACUCUAGCUUUCUUAGAACUCACUGUGUAGACCAGGUUGGCCUCCCAAGUGCUGGGAUUAAAGGUGUGUGCCACCACUGCCAGGCCAAGCUCUUUUCCACCCAAGCCCCUUGGAUACUCUGGUAUUAAAACUCUUACCCGAUAUUAUCAGUGUAGAUUCCAGAAGCUGCAGUGCAGAGGCUGGUUGGCUUUUGUUUUGUGGGUUUGAAACAUCUUGCUAGUUACCCCAUGCUGCCAUAAACUUUUGGCAGACCUCUUUCCAGUCUCUAGAGGAAUGGGAUUGGCCUGCUUGUUUUCAGUAUUUCUCCACAUAGAACUUUGGAACAACCAUCUAGAAAUUACCCUGAAGUGUACAGACUACUACACUAAGGUAUUUUCCUUAGCACGAGUGAGAACUCACUGUGUAGACUGGCUUUUGAGCUCACAGGGGCCACCAGGCUCUGCCUUCCCCGUGUUGGGAUUAAAGUCCAGUGCCGACAUGACCAGCAUUGCUCUUUCAUUUCUAAGAUUGUGUUUUGAAUCCCAGAAUCAGCUCUAGUGAAAGCUCCUGAGAACAGCCAAACCUAGAACCUCACUUUGCAUGUCUACGUUUAUUACAGACAUCGCUGAAGCAGCAGCUACAGGAGCACUCAUUCUAGUGAGCUCUAACAGACCUGACGUGUGAACAUGUGAGCACAUGUGAGUAAAGAAAGCCUAGAGUACAGUGUAAUGCAACUUCAUCACUUUAUUCAAAUCUUCAAAAUAGUCUUUAUUCUACAUUUUUAGUAUAAAAAAUCCACAAGUUAAGUGCACCACAGUGUAGAGAGACAUACAACGCUGAACUUCCAUAACAGUCGAUGGUACAGUCAAACAACACAUGUACAGAACACAAGAUUUAGAUGAACUGAAAUGUCAGAUAAAAUAAAAUCCAAUCUCAGAAAACAAAUCAAAAUACUAAGGAUCCCUGAAAUAUUAAUCCUAAUGAGAUCUCACUGGACUCAAGUCGUUUCAUAGCGAGGCAUUCAUGUGACCCUACUAACCAACCCAU